CCACCAAGCAUUUACAACCAAGCUGGAAUCGCAGGGACAACGCUCAACCAAUGUGCUCUCCUCGCUUCAUCUGGCUGGACUGCCUGAAGAUGGCGAAGAGGUUUUCAUUAAAGACAAUGUUUUCUCCCCUGUUGAUUUCCGUUUUGACAUUUGUAGUCUAUUACACGUAUGUCGUCAACAUGCCCAGUUCACAAGAACCAGGCGACACUGACCACCAUCACCUCGGGCUGCACCACAUCUCUGAGGAGUCCAUCACGCCUGUCAGUGGCACCAGACACUUCAUGGUGGGGGCCUACAUGGAAGAUCGUAUAAUGGGACACUCUUUACGGAUCAUCAGCAUCUUCCGUCAGGACUCUGUCCAGCCUCUCUACUGUGUGUUCUACUGUGGAACUCACUGGGCAAACGGAACAGAGGCUGUAGUUCAUCUUCACCCUGAGUUCUUCGCCCAAGGUUUUCCCUUUGUGGCCACUGAUGUCCUUUGUCAAAGUCCUCCUGGCUGCUAUGGGUCACAUGUGACCAUUUCCACACAAGCCGACUUCAAGCUCUCUGUGAACCAUACCUUUCUACGCAUCCAGAAUCUUGAUGAAGAAACAAAGAUUCAGUUCAACUUCACUGUCUGUGUGUCCAAUAUAUUUGGUGAUUAUAACAAUGUGCUUCAGGUCACCCAGACUCUGGAGAUGUACAGGUUGCUGGGUGUGCAGCAUGUUGUGUUGUACAACACCAGCUGUGGACCAGACCUGGAGACACUGCUACAGAGUUACAAACAGGAGGGAUUUGUGGAGGUGUUGCCCUGGCCUAUCGACCAAUACAUGAAACCCUCCCCUGGCUGGCUGUUUGGUGAACACGGUGGGGACAUUCACUACUACGGCCAGCUGGCCACCCUGAACGACUGUCUCUACAGACAAAUGUACCGGUCUCGUUAUGUACUGCUGAAUGACUUGGAUGAGAUUAUAACUCCAUAUCAGCAUGAAACCCUCCCUCAGCUGAUGGAGGAACUACAGAGGGAACACCCAAAGGCUGGAGUGUUCUUGGUAGAGAACCACAUCAUCCAUAAGAACCAAUUUGACCCCAGUGGAAGAUUUGAACACCUCUGGAGUUACAUUCCUGGUAGAAAUAUCAUGGAGCACAUCUACAGACAGGAGCCAAUUUAUCCAUAUUCUGAAAUGAAGAUGAUAGUACAACCCAGGAAAGUAAUUAAGACGUCGGUCCACAGUGUGAUACAUAGCUUAGAGGAGACGGUUUACAUUCCUUCUUAUCUGUGUCGAAUGCUCCACAUUCGGGCUCCCAGUCCAGACAUAAGCUGGGAAAAACUGUAUGAAGACAAGAGGAUCUGGGACUAUGAGAGACAGCUGAUCACUAAUGUAGAUAAAGCACUCGAACGAGCAGGGCUACUGAUCUGAGAGAGGAAUUUGUUAUUUCUCUUAGAUGUAGUCUUUUUUUUAACCCAGUAAUUAUGCAACAGUGAAUGUGUUGGUGUAUGUGUAUAUUUGUGUGAUCUACAGUACGAAGAGUUAUGUAGAAGCAUUGAAUGACUUACCCCAGCAAGUGAAAUGUAUUUUUGUGAUAUAAGAUUUGCAUGAAAGAUUUAGAGAAAAAUAUCUGGACUGAUGACUUUAAUAGACUUUACUGUCUAAAUAUA